GCUAUGUCAAAGUUAUGUGUUCCUAUUUAUCAUAACCUUGGUACAAAAUCCCAUUCAUGAGCAUUGGGACACUUCUCUGCCCAUCUGAUCUGUGUCAGUAUUCAAAACCCCGCGUGCUUCUCACAACGACCGACUGCAGCGCAGCAUGGUAGACAACAUGGAAGCGGCAGAACUGCUUCUCUCGCUCUUGUUCGGCCUGGCCAGCGUCACGUAUGGGUACUGCGUGAUACAAUUUGUCAUGGUGGUGUUCUCUAUCAUGGGGUUCCUCGCCGUGGCCAAGUCGUACGGCGUCGAACGAAUGGCGACGUUCUAUGUCGCGCUGCUUUACUUCGUCGCGUUCUUCGUCGUGUUCCCAUACGUGCCGGUGCGAUAUCACGAGAUAGCCUUUAUCAUCGCCAAGUUCGCACUGCAUGCCGGCGCCUUGGGGUGGACUGUCCAGCUCUUGUUCGAAGUACUACCCGAGUUUUACUUGGCGUCCAUGGCCGUCUCCGUCAUGGUUUCGGCAUGGAUCUGGGGAUACUUGCAUCACACGGCCCGCGUGUGCUUGAUCUUCACGACGUCGAUCCUUGGAUCGCUAGUCGUUGCCGGCGCCGUACAAGACUGGGCCGUUCACGACAACAUCGUCGUCCUCGCUAGCGAUUGGUUUCACCUGGGCAAUGCAGUCUUCUUCACGAUCGUGGGAGUCUUCUUCCAACUAAAAGGCACCCAGGAACCCCUCGAGCGUCCUGCGAACUUUGAGUUCGUCAUGCGACCGUCUGUUGCAGCCACGGAAAUGUCUGACGUCGACUUGCCCUCGACGCCGCACUCCCCAACACACGGCUUCGUUACGGUUCCUUACGUCGAAGUCGUUGUCCAUCCCGAUGUGCAGAUCCCUCAACCUCCGUAUGUCCCCCCAUCCUCCCUUCCAGAAGAAGUCGAAGCCAACGUGGAGGUGCCGCCCUCCAAAUCCACGGCGGUGGUACAGUCCACAGUCCUGUAAUUUUUUCGAAUUAUUUAAAUGUAUGAACUUCAACAUGGAACCUUUCAGAACGAGUAAACAUAUGAAAUAUUAGACUUCCUCCGUUCCAAA